CGCCUCCGCCGCACCCCCCGGGGCGGGCGCCGGGCCGCGGUGACCGCCGGCUGGUGCGCUGCCCUCGCCUCCCCCAUUGUUCCUACUGUCUUUUUGCCUUUUGUUAUUUGCACUCGCAUUGUGUUGUUUGUCUCUGAAGCCGCCUCAUGACCAGCAAAGGGAUUUCACCUCGUCCUUGAGAGCCACACGGGGAGCGCGAGCGAGCGAGAGACGGGGGGAGAGGGACACGCGCGCGCGCACACACACAGACACACACACACACAGACACACACACACACACACACACACACACAGAGUGAAAAAGGCGAGCCACCAAAACCCAUCUCCAGUCUCCUCCCGGGGGCCCCCAGCCCGCCACUGUGCCACUUUGCAUCCCACGCCAGAGGAGACAUUAAGGAGACCCGGUAAGGCUUUUUAAUCAGUCCAUGGUGUGAAGACACACUUCAAGAGGAUCCUUAAAAGUCUUGGACAAGCCUCCCCGCAUGUGGCAGGUGCUGUGCUGGCCACUGGUGACCCAAAGAUGAUGAUAAAUAUGUUCCUGCCCACGAGGAGCUAGCGAUCCAUUGGGGGAGAUCACUCCAUUCCCUGCCCAUCCCUGUCUCAUCAGCAGUGGCUUUGGAUUCUUUGUAGAAGGAGCAAGCCUGUUUCUCCGUUGCUGCUGCUAUACGCUCAGCAUUCCUCUUGCUGAUGACAGAAUUCCUGUCUGAAUCUAUUUACAAGAUUCUGAAGGCUGAACAGAGAAUUUUGGCACUGCACUGGGUAAGAAAAAGCAUUGCAAGAAAUAGAUAAUAUCAAGGACAUCAGGAGUGGGAGAGAGUGGACUGGGAGACUCAGCAGGAUGUCUUCCAAGCGACCAGCCUCUCCGUAUGGGGAAGCAGAUGGAGAGGUAGCCAUGGUGACAAGCAGACAGAAAGUGGAAGAAGAGGAGAGUGACGGGCUCCCAGCCUUUCACCUUCCCUUGCAUGUGAGUUUUCCCAACAAGCCUCACUCUGAGGAAUUUCAGCCAGUUUCUCUGCUGACGCAAGAGACUUGUGGCCAUAGGACUCCCACUUCUCAGCACAAUACAAUGGAAGUUGAUGGCAAUAAAGUUAUGUCUUCAUUUGCCCCACACAACUCAUCUACCUCACCUCAGAAGGCAGAAGAAGGUGGGCGACAGAGUGGCGAGUCCUUGUCUAGUACAGCCCUGGGAACUCCCGAACGGCGUAAAGGCAGCUUAGCUGAUGUUGUUGACACCUUGAAGCAGAGGAAAAUGGAAGAGCUCAUCAAAAAUGAGCCAGAAGAAACCCCCAGUAUUGAAAAGCUACUCUCAAAGGACUGGAAAGACAAGCUUCUUGCAAUGGGAUCAGGGAACUUUGGUGAAAUAAAAGGGACUCCUGAAAGCCUAGCUGAGAAGGAGAGGCAGCUCAUGGGUAUGAUCAAUCAGCUGACCAGUCUACGAGAGCAGCUGUUGGCUGCCCAUGAUGAGCAGAAGAAACUGGCUGCAUCUCAGAUUGAGAAACAGCGUCAGCAGAUGGAGCUGGCCAAGCAGCAGCAAGAACAGAUUGCAAGACAACAGCAGCAGCUUCUGCAGCAACAACACAAAAUCAAUUUGCUUCAGCAACAGAUCCAGCAGGUUCAAGGUCAACUGCCGCCAUUAAUGAUUCCCGUAUUCCCUCCUGAUCAACGGACACUGGCUGCAGCUGCCCAGCAAGGAUUCCUCCUUCCUCCAGGCUUCAGCUAUAAGGCUGGAUGUAGUGACCCUUACCCUGUUCAGCUGAUCCCAACUACCAUGGCAGCUGCUGCCGCAGCAACACCAGGCUUAGGCCCACUCCAACUGCAGCAGUUAUAUGCUGCCCAGCUAGCUGCAAUGCAGGUGUCUCCAGGAGGAAAGCUCCCAGGCAUACCCCAAGGCAACCUUGGUGCUGCUGUAUCUCCUACCAGCAUUCACACAGACAAGAGCACAAACAGCCCGCCACCCAAAAGCAAGGAUGAAGUGGCACAGCCACUGAACCUAUCAGCUAAACCCAAGACCUCUGAUGGCAAAUCACCCACAUCACCCACCUCUCCCCAUAUGCCAGCUCUGAGAAUAAACAGUGGGGCAGGCCCCCUCAAAGCCUCUGUCCCAGCAGCAUUAGCUAGUCCUUCAGCCAGAGUUAGCACAAUAGGUUAUUUAAAUGACCAUGAUGCUGUCACCAAGGCAAUCCAAGAAGCUCGGCAGAUGAAGGAGCAGCUUCGGCGGGAACAGCAGGUGCUCGAUGGGAAGGUGGCUGUUGUGAAUAGUCUAGGUCUCAAUAACUGCCGGACGGAAAAGGAAAAAACAACACUGGAGAGUCUGACUCAGCAACUGGCGGUUAAACAGAAUGAAGAAGGAAAAUUUAGCCAUGCCAUGAUGGAUUUCAAUAUGAGUGGAGAUUCUGAUGGAAGUGCUGGAGUCUCCGAAUCAAGAAUUUAUAGAGAAUCCAGGGGACGUGGGAGCAAUGAGCCCCACAUAAAGCGUCCCAUGAAUGCCUUCAUGGUGUGGGCUAAAGAUGAACGAAGGAAAAUCCUUCAAGCCUUCCCUGACAUGCACAACUCCAACAUCAGCAAGAUAUUGGGAUCUCGCUGGAAAGCUAUGACAAACCUAGAGAAACAGCCAUAUUAUGAGGAACAAGCCCGGCUCAGCAAGCAGCACCUGGAGAAGUACCCUGACUACAAAUACAAGCCCAGGCCGAAGCGCACCUGCCUCGUGGACGGCAAAAAGCUGCGCAUCGGGGAAUACAAGGCAAUCAUGCGGAACCGGCGGCAGGAAAUGCGGCAGUACUUCAACGUUGGGCAACAAGCACAGAUCCCUAUCGCCACUGCUGGUGUUGUGUACCCUGGAGCCAUUGCCAUGGCCGGAAUGCCCUCCCCUCACCUGCCCUCGGAGCACUCGAGCGUGUCGAGCAGCCCAGAGCCCGGGAUGCCUGUUAUCCAGAGCACUUACGGUGUGAAAGGAGAGGAGCCACAUAUCAAAGAAGAGAUACAGCCUGAGGACAUCAACGGAGAAAUUUAUGAUGAGUACGAUGAGGAAGAGGAUGAUCCAGAUGUAGAUUAUGGGAGUGACAGUGAAAACCAUAUUGCAGGACAAGCCAACUGAUAAGGGUCAAAAGGUUGUUGUGACCUUAGGACUUAAAGAAGCCCUAGCUGGUUCAUCCUUACCAGUGGCCAAGCACAUUAACUUUCUCAUACACUGACUGUUACUUUAACUGUUAGUCUUAACUAGUUGGGACAUCAGCUGACUAAUAGACCUCAGCCUCAAAAGGCUUGGAAAGGAAAAACAAAAAUACAACAAGCAAACAACAAUAUCAACAACAAGAGAUUGAAAUAAGCUAUGGGUAACAUAAUGCCAGUAAUUCAGCUGCUACAUCCAAGCACUGAAGUCUUACCCGUCAACUUUUUUUUUUUUAAUAAACUUUAUGGCUGUUUGUUCUACAAUGUUCUAGAAAUUCUCACUCAGGUACACAGUGCCAACAAGUGGCUUGUGAAUGUGUUUUGUUGUUUUGUGCUACAAUUUUUAAAAAGAAAUAAGUUUUGUUUUUUGGGGUUUCUGGGUUUUUUCCUUUUCUUUUUCUUUCCUUUCCUUUUUUUUUUUUUGUAAUGCACCUGACAGAAAAAGAAAGAUGAAUUUCUCUUUACUUCUCUCCACCUUUUCCAUCUCUAUACUUUAAAGAUGGAAGUCUGUGCAUGGGGGGGAAGAGGGAAAAAGAGCCUGUUUUUAACUUCCUUGCUAUCCACCACAAAAUGAGCAAUUAUUUUCUUCAGAGGACUUUCUUUGUCUAUUGCACACCACACUACAUCUUUGAGCAAGUGCCAAAUUUGUACUGAAGUGUUGACCCAGUUCAUUUUUUCCCUUUCCUUUUUCCUGUUCCUUCUUAAGUUAGAACAGUGUUAUAUCUUAGACAAUCCCUUGAAAAACCUGAAAUACCAGCAGCUGGUGAGAUUUGACUUUUUUUUUAAUGGAAACUGUAGGUGCUGUUCUCAGGUGAAAAGAGAGAGAGACAUAAGAAAUUUAGAGAAAAAAUAUUUUCUGAUCUCGGAUUUUUGUGUGUAUGUAUGUGUGUGAUUAUGGUACUAAUAGGAAUAAUGUUGGACCAUUGUGAGUUAAACCCACAUCUGGGGAUGAAAUCCCACAUCCUCCUAAGUGACUGGUCUGGAAGCAAACUUGACCUUGACUUUGCACUUCAAAUGACAACUUAACUAAUAUAGGGCUCAGAAAUUAUAUUUUUAAAUUUCUAAUAUGAUUAUUAUUGGAUGAGUCAGGUGGCCCUGUGUAAUAAAGGUGUGCAUGUAUAAAAUGGAAGCUACUAGCAAACUGCUCCCAGAUGUCCCUUCUCCCUGGUCAGUUCGUUCCACUAACGUUUGCUACUUAAUGAUUUCUGUUUGUUUUCCUUGAAUGUAUUUGGCCAUUUUCCAGAAAUAUAGAAUUAGCUUAUUUCUUCAACAUUCCGUUCUUUCCUGAUCAGGAAAUGGAACUGAUGAUUUUAUAUGGUCUUUUUCAUCUCUCCAUGAAAUAAGGUGGAGGCCAUUUGCAUUUCAGAAUUGUGGGCCAUGUGCAUCUCAUGCCAUAAAAAGCAGGAUUUGAUUAAAUGUUGUUGCAGCCCCGCAAAAUGGAGCCUGGCUGAACCCAGCAAUCUUGCCAUUACUCUUACUUUGCUGUAAGAUGAACCCACUGAAGUCCAAUUUUUGGUUCCAGCACAGUAUGUGCAUAGAGCAACAAUGAGUGGUAACGGGACUGCUUAUUUAGAUUUUGCCAGCCAAAUGCCAAGGCACUUGUAGGGCGUAUACAAAUAAAUACAAAAUCAUUUAAAGUCAGUUGCCAUUAUUUGUGCUGAAGCAUCAGACAGUAAAUACUCCAACCAGUAGCUUGGAUGUGCCAUGGUUUCACUCCAGUCAUCACUUUCCUAUCCCACUCCCUAAUCGCAACCCUAAAGUUUGAUUUUUACAUUUAAGUAAGAAAAAAGUCCUUUUUAUUUUUCUCUCUCUCAAAAGACUUGCUCUGGGGUUUUGCUUGGAGGAGCUGAUCAUAUCCUGCAUGUCAGAGAUUUUGUUUUGUUUGUUUUCCUGUUUGUUUUUGAUGACUGUAUUUUCAUUUGAACUGCCUCUUUUUGCUAGUGUUGUAAUAAUGAUGAUGAUGAUGAUAAAAUAAUAAUAAUAAUAGUAAUAAUAAUAAUAAUGGUCAGCUGUUCCCAGAUUAGUAAGUUAUGUAUAAUUUAUUUCUCCCUUUCUAUUUUAUUCUGCUCUGAUUUGGAAGUGCAGCCAAUAAGCUGUUAGAUAUUUAAAACAAAUUUCCAUCUCCAACAUAUAUAUAUAUACAUAUAUAUGUAUAUAUAUUCUCACACACACACAUUCACCCACACAAUUUUACUUCUCCUUCCGUAAGUUUUCUCCUUUUUAAAAAUUUGGCCCCAACAAUGUCAAGUUCCAGUGUUUAACACAAAGGAGUGAAUUAAUAGGAGGGUCGUGUUCAAUCUUAAUUAACUUAUGCUCUCAUCACUCAUUUUAGUUAUUUAAUUGCCACAGUCAUCUAGAGCCAAUUUUUUUGUUUUUGUUUGUUUUGUUUUGUUUUUAAGCACUCUGGAUAAGAAAAAAAUAGACACUUGUUUUUAUAUCGUUAUUAUGUACAAUGUGAAAACAGAAUUUAAAAAAUUUGUUCUCUGUCUUUGUUAACAAAUUCUUCCUGACUUAUGUGGGUUCACCUCUCACGUUGGCUGGAUACUUAUCUUACACCAUGUUAUAAAGAUGCUUUGUUUUCGUUUCAUGACUUUGGGCUACAAGAAUACUUUGUUUUAGCUCCAGGUAGAUGCCACAGAGGGCAUUCACGGCUGAAACCAGUUCUAACACACUUACCAGUGAAUUGACAAAAUACGUCUGUUUUGGUCUUUUUUUGUUUAUUCUUUAUUUUGUUUUAUUUGAAGGGGAAAACAAAAUUGUUAAUGGUGACCUUUAGCUGCUGAAAUUCUGAAGUUAAUUUUAUUUAAUUAGGUUUAUGUCAGAGAGACUGAACUGUGUGUGGACUGAAGCACAAAGCAAGUUCAUAGCCCUGCAUUAUGCUCUCGGUUCUGACAUCUAAUUCACUGCGUGUCACAAUUUUUUUUCCUUAGUUUUCCCCAAAAGAAAAUUAUAUUAAUGUUUAAAGUGCUUUGAAGUCAUUUGAUAAAAGGUGCUACGAAUAGCAACUUGCUGUGUUAACACAUUGCCUUUUUGGCAUUUGAUUGGUUCAUAAUUUUUGCAGAGGAUCCUAAAACCUUGUAUUCUUUUUCUGUGCCCCAUGAUGACCAAAAAAGAUAAGGUAAAGGAAAUGAGAGUAAGAUCAAACUAAAACAAACGUGAAGUUUCCCUCCUCUCUCCUUUCCUGUGUACGUGUUCACAUCUCUCUCUCUCUCUGUCUCACACACACGCACACGCACGCUCACCCCAGUACUGAGGAAUAAUCUUGCCAGAAUUCUGUAUUUUUAUGGCUGUUGUAAUAAGUUCCUCUAAAAAUAGUCAUGUUUUAAUAUGAAUCUAAGAGAACAUCACUGGAGAAAAUAGGUUAAAGUUGCUCAUUUAUAAGUUACUAAUAAUUUGGCUAGUUACUACACUUGGCUAAAACAUAAAACUAUUCUUCAGUACAUUUAUACCUAAAUUAGUUAAGUCAAUUUUUACCAUUUAUUUGGCGUCUGCAGUUAAAAGUUAACCAUGUAUAAAAUCCCUCCAAAGAACAUAAUCAUUCUUGAAACCAAAUCCUCUUAUAAGGAACAAAUAUAAAAGAGUUUUCUUUGAUGAAAUUAUUUCAUAGAUUUGAUUUCUGGAGUAGACUUUUACCUUAAUUCACUUAAAGAAAAUUAUCUUUAACUAUUUUAUGAUCCAAUUUCAGAUAUUUUCUUAAUCCAGAAGUUGUUACUUUUCCCAGAAGAAACCUCUUAUAUCACAUUGAAAACAUCAAAAAUAAUUACAUUUUCAUUCAUUCUAAUGAGUAAAUUAUUGAAUUGUAAUAAACAACUGUAUAUUUACAAACAGGUUUAUAAAAUAUUUGUUUAUCAAGUUAAUAGUAAAAUAAAUAUUAUGGGAUCUGCAAGGAAAAAUAUGAAGCCCACUUAAAGUGGUUCAGAUAUUUCUUUGUCUUGUAGGGCAUAGGUUUUCCUUUAGACAGGCUUUUACAGUAUUUAAUUUUAAAGUUUCCUAUAACUAUCAGUUUUCCAGGUUGAAGAUAAUGUUGUGUUGAGUUUUCUACUGAUCGAUUCCUGUCCUCCCCAGUGUUUCUGUCACUGGUUCACUAAAACAGUAUUUAUAUGGCUCCGCUGGCUCUAAAGCUCUUAGUCCUUCUAACAUUUUGGAUUUUAUGAGUAAAAAUGGGAAAAAAUAGAAAAGAGACAAUCAAAUGCCUGGAGCUUAAAACAAAGUAUGUGCAACCUACCAUCUCACUUGAAAUUUAAUAAAAUAAAUAAUUAUGUAAAUAUAACAUAGAGUUAUAGAUUUAUAUUUUGUUCAUAACACAUAGUGUAAUAUAAGUUGUAUAUUUUCAUGUUUUUGGUUUUAUGUUAUCAUUCAUGCCACAAUAAAAAUAAAACAGGAGUUUAUGUACUCUUAAAAAAAAGGAUGUGGGUUGCCACCAACCUGUUUUUUUUGUUUUUUGUUUUUUGUUUUUGCAUUCUCUUUUUUCAGUAUUACUGCCAUGCAAGGCACCAAUAAA